AUGAUUAUUCGUUCGCCGGAACCAGAAGUAAAAAUUGUUGUGGAUAGGGAUCCUGUAAAAACAUCUUUUGAGGAAUGGGCCAGACCCGGCCAUUUCUCAAGAACACUAGCUAAGGGCCCUGAUACUACCACUUGGAUCUGGAACCUACAUGCUGAUGCUCACGAUUUCGAUAGUCAUACUGGUGAUUUGGAGGAGAUUUCUCGAAAAGUCUUUAGUGCUCAUUUCGGGCAACUUUCCAUUAUCUUUCUUUGGUUGAGUGGCAUGUACUUUCAUGGCGCCCGUUUUUCCAAUUAUGAAGCAUGGCUAAGUGAUCCUACUCACAUUGGACCCAGUGCUCAGGUAGUUUGGCCUAUAGUAGGGCAAGAAAUAUUGAAUGGUGAUGUAGGCGGGGGUUUCCGAGGAAUCCAAAUAACCUCUGGUUUUUUUCAGCUUUGGCGAGCAUCUGGAAUAACUAGUGAAUUACAACUCUAUUGUACUGCAAUUGGUGCAUUGAUUUUUGCAGCGUUAAUGCUUUUUGCUGGUUGGUUCCAUUAUCACAAAGCCGCUCCCAAAUUGGCCUGGUUCCAAGAUGUAGAAUCCAUGUUGAAUCACCACUUAGCGGGAUUAUUAGGACUUGGGUCUCUUUCUUGGGCGGGGCACCAAAUUCAUGUAUCUUUACCAAUUAACCAAUUUCUUGACGCUGGGGUGGAUCCUAAAGAGAUACCACUUCCUCAUGAAUUUAUCUUGAAUCGGGACCUUUUGGCUCAACUUUAUCCUAGUUUUGCCGAAGGAGCAACCCCUUUUUUCACUUUAAAUUGGUCCAAAUACGCAGAAUUUCUGACUUUUCGCGGAGGACUAGAUCCAGUAACCGGUGGUCUCUGGCUGACCGAUAUUGCGCACCAUCAUUUAGCUAUUGCUAUUCUUUUCCUAAUCGCAGGUCAUAUGUAUAGGACCAAUUGGGGUAUUGGCCAUGGACUUAAAGAUAUUUUGGAGGCUCACAAGGGCCCAUUUACAGGACAAGGCCAUAAGGGUCUUUAUGAAAUCUUAACAACGUCAUGGCAUGCUCAAUUAUCUCUUAACCUAGCUAUGCUAGGCUCUACAACCAUUGUUGUAGCUCAUCAUAUGUAUUCUAUGCCUCCCUAUCCAUACCUAGCUACUGACUAUGGUACACAACUUUCCUUGUUCACACACCACAUGUGGAUUGGCGGAUUUCUAAUAGUCGGUGCUGCUGCACAUGCAGCAAUUUUUAUGGUAAGAGACUAUGAUCCAACUACUCGAUACAACGAUCUAUUAGAUCGCGUCCUUAGACACCGCGAUGCAAUCAUAUCCCACCUUAACUGGGUAUGUAUAUUUCUAGGUUUUCACAGUUUUGGCUUGUACAUUCAUAAUGAUACCAUGAGUGCUUUAGGCCGUCCACAAGAUAUGUUUUCGGAUACUGCCAUACAAUUACAACCUAUCUUUGCUCAAUGGGUACAAAAUAUCCAUGCUACUGCGCCUGGCGUAACAGCUCCUGGUGCAACAACAAGUACUAGCUUAACGUGGGGAGGCGGCGAGUUAGUAGCAGUAGGUGGCAAAGUGGCUUUGUUACCUAUUCCAUUAGGAACCGCAGAUUUUUUAGUCCAUCACAUUCAUGCAUUUACCAUACAUGUGACUGUAUUAAUACUUUUGAAAGGUGUUUUAUUUGCUCGGAGUUCCCGUUUGAUACCCGAUAAAGCAAAUCUAGGUUUUCGCUUUCCUUGCGAUGGGCCUGGCCGAGGGGGAACAUGUCAAGUAUCCGCCUGGGAUCAUGUUUUCUUAGGUUUAUUCUGGAUGUACAAUGCAAUUUCGGUAGUCAUUUUCCAUUUCAGUUGGAAAAUGCAGUCGGAUGUUUGGGGUACUAUAAGUGAUCAAGGGGUGGUAACUCAUAUUACAGGGGGAAACUUUGCACAGAGUUCCAUUACGAUUAAUGGGUGGCUUCGAGAUUUCUUGUGGGCACAGGCAUCGCAAGUCAUUCAGUCUUAUGGUUCUUCAUUAUCUGCAUAUGGUCUUUUUUUCUUAGGUGCUCAUUUUGUCUGGGCCUUCAGUUUAAUGUUUUUAUUCAGCGGCCGUGGUUAUUGGCAAGAACUCAUUGAAUCUAUCGUUUGGGCUCAUAACAAAUUAAAAGUUGCUCCUGCUACUCAGCCUAGAGCCUUGAGCAUUAUACAAGGACGCGCUGUAGGAGUAACCCAUUACCUUCUGGGUGGAAUUGCCACGACAUGGGCAUUCUUCUUAGCGAGAAUUAUUGCAGUAGGAUAG